AUGACAUACUCCGCUUCGAGGGACUUCCGUUUGACCAAUCAGGGCCUGCUGAAGGAUCAUAGCUACGUACUUGUCGUUCCUGAUCGUCCCGUAACUCCGCCUCGUACAUAUGAACCACUCUGCACCACUCUGCAGCGAUGCAGAAAUCGGAAUAAUCCGCAUCCGAAACACAAAUACGUCAGCGAAGGAUCGAUAGUGCGGGACUGCGUGCCACAGUGCGUAGAGAAAGAGGCCUGGAGCACGAGGACGUACUGUUGCCAGCAGGAUGGUUGCAAUUCCGGGCCGUCGUUGACAUCGUCGAGCAGCACGUACUUCGUCCUAGCGAUCUCGCUGGCGGUCUUCGUGGUGUGCCGAAGCCUUCGUGGCUAAUACGUAUCGUCCUGCAAGACGAUGGACCCGCGCUGCGGACGUCA